CGGACGGAGGAGGAAAGGGAAGAUUUCGCAGCAGGCAUGGCGCGCCGCGCUGCCAGGAGCAAGAAACGGAAGAGAUCCGGCGGGCUGCCGAUGGCAGACGGCCGGCAGCUCAAGUAUGAGGAUUGGUUCAUGAGCCAGCCAUGGGUGGUCAACGAGGGCGAGACGGAAGACGCGUUCGGUCGCCUGCUGCAAGAUCUGAGGCAGGGAGGGGAAAAGGCGCAUGAAGCAGCAGCAGCAGCGUCACCUGCUCCCGGGAGGGCACCUGAUGAAGGUGGCGGUGAGAGCCGCGGAGCAUCGGGGUUGUCGUCAUCGGCAGCAGCACCUGAGGAUGAAAGGCCUCCACGGAAGAAGAAACGACGGAAGAAGGAUGGGGUCGGGGAUGACGGGGAGGUGGAUGGGAGUGCGUCAAGUGCGGCAGCACGAGAAGAUGGCUCGACUGGGCGGCAGAGUGGUGAAGCUGAAGCUGACUGAUGGAUGGACUGACU